UCCGUCCAUUGCACACACGGCAACCGCGGAGGACAUCCGCGAGCGCGUCCCAAGAAAGGCUCCACACAGAAGCUAAAGCUUGGCCGCACGAGGACCGGAAGCGAAACAGCCACGGUCAGCAGAUGUCGGCACCGAAACCACGCGGAGGUUGCCCAUAGGUUGCCGCAACUGCGGCCACAGCAGGGCGAGGUGCACGGACGAUGGUGGGAGCGCGCAGGCCAAAGCCAUCACUCACUCAUCGCGUCAUCAAACGAGGCUAUUAUCAAACUAAGCAUUUCCUUCGCACGGUCAUCCGCGGCCUUACCGUGAGAAUAUGAGAUAACACUUCUGUCCCAGAGUGCCUAAUCAAGCCGUGCACCAAUGGAAGAAGGAACCAAGACGAAGAAAACAGUCUUCGUCGGCAACCUCGCCAACGAGGUCGACGAGACCGCUCUGCUCGAGACUUUUGCAACCUUCGGUGCGUCUAUGUCUGGCGCUCUUCGCCCCGCUGCGCUGACGACGUGGUCAGGGGACGUUAUCGAAGUCCAAAUCCCACCUGCCACCACCGACCCAAACCGGCAGACAGGUGUGUCUCAUGGUGCAUCACUGGCCCAUAUGACUGACCGCAAUGCCGCAGAGGAGAAGCACAAGGGCUAUGGCUUCGUAACGUUCGCAUCAACUGCCGAUGCGCAGGAUGCCAUCGACAACAUGGACCUCAACGAGUUGCAAGGCAAGGUGCUGCGGGUGAAUCUCGCCCGGCCGAGCAAAAUGCCCGUACAGGGUCUCGGCAACAAAGCUAGUAUGUCCUUUACCUCUGCGGGUACGCGUUCCUGUCUCACUCCAUCGUUCCUGCAGUUUGGGAAUCGGAGGAUUGGCUCAAACAAUAUGCGAAGCCGCUGGCAAAGAGCGGUGGUAGGUCCUAUGACUAGUUCGCAGAUACGCCGCAGCUGACUGAACCCUUGUGCACAGGCGCUGCGCUUCGUGCCCAAGCGUUGGGUACAUCUCCAGGGCCCAAGGAAUCCGCCGACGAAGGUGCCGGAAAUGAUGACGAAGAGAACGCGAUGGAGGAGUGAAACCCUAACUGUCAUUUGUAUCCACUAUUCUACCUUCUCAUGUUUCUCAGGUGAGGCACUGCGCUAUCGUAUCUUUAUCCAGCCGUGCAAGGGAAAGUCAGCUGUUAAGUGAUGCAUUCGUACUGCACGGCGUCCUCAAACUAGGCGAGCGAUAAUCACCUUAGCUUAUCGUCUCAUCACCUCUGCCUGGUGCAGCUACUCCAGCGCGAAUAGGGCGUCGCCCCGGUUCUGCCGUGACGUAUAUAGCCGUAAUAGAUAUCAUGUGGCUGUCAUUUCAUCAUACUAUUUGCAAGAGCCCUAAGCUACUA